UCAAAAUUUGGUUCGAAUUGAAUUGAAUCGACCACCAACUCAUCCGGAAGUGUACGACUAGCUAGUACGACUGUAGCUAGCUAGCACCCGGAAGGGUUUGUUUUGUUGUUGCGUUGUUGCAUUUCCUUCGAUCUCUGGCUACUAGCUAGCUUGUAGCCCCAUCAAAAGCAAGGUCGAAGCCAUAUUAGUACACUAACAAAGUAGCUGGCUAGCUAGCUCGUAAUGCCAAGGCGGGAGAGGUGGCGUUACUAGAGCCGUUGGACCAAGACCGAUGCAAACAAACAAACUCAGACUAUAGUUUGAUGUCGGAUACCCUCAACAGCUCCCUCAACAAUCAACAAUCAACAAUCAACAACCAUGGACCAGUCUUUUAUCGACGCAGACCUUCUUCUGAUGAACACCUCCAACUUGGACGAUCCAGAAUUUUUCUAUCCUCUCGACGAUGUCUAUAAUGCUUCCCAUUCCAACCACGCCAUAAAUGGCACUGGCUUCAAUGAGUCGAUCAAUGAUGAAGUGGACUUCUUUUCGGCAGGCCCCACGUUUCUUAUCCUCCAAGAUGACGGUCCUUCCGAAUAUCCAAGUCCUGCACCUUCAGUGCAACCGACAUGGCCUCCACCUCCAAAUGCAACAGACACCAGUGUUGGCUUGAUUGAGUCUACGGAUACAGCCGUCCUCAUCAAUACCAUUCAAGUCUACGGAAUCAUAUACCUGAUUGGUAUGGCGCUCUUUUGCGUGUUGCGCUUACGCUACAAUAAGCUUUUCAACAUCAGAAGUUGGGUUCCGGGGCUACAAUGUAAGAUCGCAAUGGAGUCCGACUAUGGCCUUGUCAAUUGGAUGUGGAAGGUUUUUGAAGUGGAAGAAGACGACAUCCUAGAACAGUGUGGCCUAGACGCUCUAUGUUUCAUUAGAGUGCUAAAACUAGGCAGGCGGUUGGCACUGGUCGGCUGCAUUCACGCACUUUGGCUGAUACCUGUGUAUGCUACCGCGGAGGACUCUGAUGAGACCUGGUAUCUCACCGAUCCUCUGGUCUUGAUCAGCACGGCUCAUCUGCCAAUUGGAUCACCGAGGUUUCUGGCGACCAUAGUUUGCGCAUACACUGUCUUUGGAUAUGCCAUGUGGCUCAUGAAGAGAGAGCUGCAGUGGUUCAUUGAAAUGCGACAUAAAUUCGUCAGCCAAAGAAGACCCCGCAACUAUGCUGUCUACGUGUCGGGCAUUCCUGAGGAGCUACGACGUGAUGCCCGGCUUGCAGAGUUCUUUCGACAAUCCGGUGCUACCUCCUCGGUACUGGAAGCUCAUGUCACUAUGGCCUGUCCCGAACUGGAAGGUCUAGUGGCUCAAAGGGAGUAUUUUUCAGCGCGCCUCAAACAUGCCCAAGCAUUCGAAGAGAUAUAUGGAGAACGAAAAGUAUUGCGACGCGUCAAUCUACCAAACAUGAAGACGAAGGGAAGUGGCGCCAAGAGGAGCAGUCUACAGAACCAUUCCAACGGAUUGGUGGCUACUUACGAUUCCAUUGACACACUGGAAACCAAAUUGAGACAACUCACCAAGGAUAUUGCAUUGGCAUUUCAGAACAUCGAACGGUCCAAUGAUCCUUACACCCUAGAACAACACCGAGAACAAGUCAUUGGUGAAAUCGAAGAGCUCCGCAAUGCUGAAAGAGCUCAGAAUGUGGCAAAUCGUGAAAGAGUGCACAGUUUUCACGGAGAGGAAGAGGAGAUCUUUCACGUGCCUUCUGAAGAGCUGGAAGCGACAAACUCAAAGUACCAGCAAAGAGGUAGAAGUGACGAUAGAUUCUCCAGGGCGGCAGAGGCAUUCUUUCUUGGAAGUCUUUCUCCACGCGGACGGGAAGAGCGACAGAUGCUAUUGGAUCAACAGGGGCGGCAACACAGCGGAUCCAGUGAUGAUGACCCCCUCCGCAGAGUCACCAUUCAAACAUCGAGCAAUAGCCUUUAUUCGGAUACCUUGUCCGAAGCAUCCGAAGAGGAGAUGGACCUGGACGGUUACUAUCGCCACGAAAGGCCGACCUCACCGUCGUCUCGACCGGAAAUGGCCGACAACACAUUUCCAUCUAGGAGCACGAUCACCACUGUGCCUGGUACGUUCGACAACACAAAGAAGAAACGUUCUAGCAGGUUCUGGAAUUACAGCAACCGUCAUGAGAAGAAAAACAAUGUCAAGUCCAUCGAGAUUUUACAAGUGCCAUCCAACGAUACAGCAAGUUCUGGUAGAAACGAAGAGGCCUAUAGCGCAAUACGUACGCUGGUAAGGAUGAAUGGCGAGCAAUACGACAGCGAAGAGGACGGAGAACAAGAAGACAGCCAGCCAGGAGGCAGUGGUGACAGCUUGGGACAGUCCAAGUCAAGCAAUGCCUUGAGAAUAGUCAGCAAGGGAGUCCACAAGUUGAGUGGAGGCGUCGGGAAGACCGUGGCCAACGUAGGCUCAGGAGUUGGCGAGGUCACGAAACAAUCCCUCAAAGUAGCUGCUGUUGCAGGAGACUUUGGGAUCACCAACAUUCAAAAGGUUGGCGAAUUCGGAGUCAAGGAAGCCAACAAAGCCGUGUGGCAAGCCGCAGAGUUGGGAGUCGCAAACAUUUAUACGAUCCGAGCGUCGGCAGCCGCUGUGGUGCCAAUGGUCAUGGCCCACGGGGAAGGCAAACCCUUGGAAGCUGGAUUUGUGGUGUUUAAAGACUUGUACAGUACACAAGCUGCAUUGCAAAUGCUUCAUCAUAACGAAGCUGGUAGUAUGGUAGUGGAAGAGGCUCCUGGUCCAGAAGAGAUAUACUGGCGCAACGUGGGUUUACCCGGCAGUGCACAACGUACAGGUCGACUGCUGAGUCUUGCCGCGACGGUGGCUCUGUGCUUGUUUUGGACAGUGCCAGUGUCCUUUGUCUCUGCUCUCACUGAGGUAAACUCCUUGAAGGAGCAAAUUCCAUCCUUGGCAGAGUCCCUCGAAAAACAUCCAGGGUUGGAAGGAAUGUUGGCUUUGAUUGCGCCACUUUUGCUCCUUAUCCUUCAGGAUGUGGCCCUACCAGUGUUUCUGAUGUGGUUUGCCACAUGGGAAGGGCACGUAUCCCGUUCAGCCAUGGAAGCUGCAGUCUUUUUGAAGUACGCGAGCUUUGUGUUGGUUCAGACCUUCUUUAUUUCAGCCAUGGCUGGUAGUAUCUCUGCCGAAUUAGCCAACAUGUUGAAUGAGCCAGAUCAAUUCAUUGAUUUCCUGGCCAAUGCGCUUCCUGCACAGUCCAACUACUUCUUACAGAUCUUGGUAGUGGCAAUGGCAGUCACAAUGGGUUUGGAGCUGCUUCGAGUUGCUCCUUUGGCAUUAGCGUUUGUGAGGAGAUUCGUGGGGCCGAACUUAACGGAAGAGGAGCGGACCAAGAGAUGGAAAUUCCUUUCACCCCUGGAGGACCCACGGGAGUUUGAGCAUGCCAACGUCUCUGGUAGUGUUGUGCUCUACUUCAUGGUCUUCUUCGUCUAUGCCUGCUUGGCCCCGAUUUCAAGCUUUUUCCUGUUUGGCAUGUUCCUCUUGAUGGAAAGCGGAUACCGAUAUCAAUUCAUGCAUAAUUAUCCACCGACUCCCGAUAGCGGAGGCAAGCACUGGAUUGGCUUUUUUCAUAUAUUGCAGGCAUGUAUGAUUGUAGCCCAGCUGACUCUUGUUGGGUUCUUGGUUUUGAAGAGGAGUUUCUUUGGUAUCCCCUUCAUGACACCAUUGCUUGGGUUCACAAUCUUGUUCAUAUACUACCUCAACACUUAUCAACUCCGUGUCGCGAAGUAUCUCCCGACAGGACAGUGCAUCGCAAUCGACAAGGUGAACCGUGUGAGUGAUUUCGACUUUGUGAAGGGAGGAUAUCUGCAGCCUUGCUUGCGAGAAGCUAUAUCAGACGAUAUCUUUGAACUGCUACACUAAGAGCAUCACACACGAAAGGUGACAAAAGACACAGUGAAUGCAUCAACAUACGACGCAUUACUGCUACAUAUUUACACUUGCAUCAAGAGUACUAGAGUUUACUUUCAACCCACGUCAUAGCAGAACCAGCCGUGGCCGCGUACUUAGGUCCAUUAUUUGCCUACAUGUAGUAGGUAGUGCCCAUUCUUGUCAA